CAGGCGGUGAGCGCUGGGGCGGGCGGGACAAAGGGGCUGCGAGGAGAUCGGAGGCGGAGAUCAAGCGAGGAGGCCGGGCGGCUCCGGGGCAGCGAGGCUUCCCCGGCGGCGUUGUCUCUGCCCGGUCCCGGCGCCACUAAAGCCGAGCCUCUCCUAGGCGGUUCCGGUCGCUUUGCGCUCUGCGGAUCGCACCAGGCUCCUGCGCCCCUGCAGGCGACAGAAGGACGUGACAUCAUGGUACUGCGACCCGUGACUCUCUCUCUAUGAAGAUGUCCUCCAUGGACCCCUUGCCUCCGGCCACCCCUCCAUCCCAGAAACCGACCCGCAUCAUCAAACCUCGCCCACCCACCAGGCCGCGGCCUUAUUUGCCUCCCAGGCCAGACUCGAGCAAACUGGCCCGUGGCCCCACGCCACCUUUGCCACUGGAGGGAUCUCUGGCCGAGCCAGUGAACGACAAGUGCCACAAGGUCUCCGAACCCUCUCACAACGCUCAGCAGCAGCUUCAUAUCCUGCAGAAUUCAGGGGCUGUUCGGAAGAUCGUGGUGCGCUUUGACCAUGCGGCCCCGGAGAAGGAAGAGGCCAACAAGUCAACUCGGAUGGAUUUGAGUGGCAGCCAAGCACCCGUCCCUGUAGCAGAGAACGGGGAAGAGGAGAAGGUGGAGGAAAAGGAAGCUCAAGGGCAGUUGAAUCCUACUGAUGGAACCCCGCUAUCCACAUCGGGUGCAGUGGAGCAGAAUGGCGUUGAAUUUCCAGCUCCCUGCCCCUCUGGCUGUCCCUGCGUCUGCCACCAGCAGCGGCCUGGCAUGGUUUUGACGUGGGUUCCGGCACAUUCGCAGCCAGUACGGCGAGAGGACAGCGAGGAAGGGCCUGCCUCGGAUCUCUCGUCCUCUGCUGACGAGGGAGGGCCCCUCUUCCACCACUUCUUGGCACUCAACCCCCCACCUGCCAAACCACCCGCCAAAGGCGGUCGGGCCCCCAAAUCUCGCCGUUCUCCUCGGAGCAAGAAGCCCCCUGACGCCCCGUCUUCGGCUAACGGGCACGCAGAAGGCAGUGUGGUGCUGACCGGGUAUCGCUCCACUGCUGAGCCCCUGCCCCCGCGUUGUCCCCCGUUGAUGCCCAAGCCUCCUCGCCGCAGCAAGGGGGGGUCCCCUGCCUUUUUUGACAGUGAGCCUGUGCCCCCAGCCAUCCCACCAAAGGCCCCAGUGAAACCACCUCGUAGCUCUUUGGGACCCCUUUCCUUUCCCCGCAGGGGUUCGCUGCAGUUCCCGCUUGAGUCCAACCACAUUCACAAUGAAAUCUCGUCCAUCUCUGCUGGGGAAAGCCUCCUCCUGCCACCUCCCUCCCAGCCCCCACCGCCCCCACCUUCUUCCCAGGCAUCGCCACCCCUCCCACCACAGCAGCCUCACCUGCUUCCUUCCUGCCCGCUUCCUGCCACCACAACGCCGCCGCCGCCAUCCCAGCCACCACCUCCACUGCCGCAGGGGCUGCCCCCACCACCAACUCAGCCCCCGCCACCCUUGGACAACGCGUCGCUGGAUGAAAGUCCGUGUCAAGGUGGCUGUGAAACAGACACAAGUGAAUCUGACGCAGGGACUCCAAAGGACAGGUGCUCCUCGGUGGUGUCCCCAAAGGGCCCUGACUGGGGACUCUGCUUACAGGACGAGCCCCUGUACCAAACGUAUCGCCAGGCCGUCAUCUCCAAGGAGAUCAAAAGGCAAACAGUCCCUCGCAACAGCAGUUUCAGUAGCUCGGAUUACGGGGCACCGUCCCCCAGCGAUGGUCCCGCUGGGCCUCGGGGUCCCAUCCCGCACAGCACACUGUGGCAGGAGCUGCCUGCUGUGCGGGAGAGCGGCCUUCUGGGAAACAUGAGCUCUGAGGAGAGGAAGAUGCAGGAGAGUCUUUUUGAGGUUGUGACGUCAGAGGCCUCCUAUCUCCGUUCGCUGACCCUGCUGAUCGAGCACUUCAUGGAGUCUCGAGAUCUGGCAGCCACCAUCCUCCUGCGCGAGCACCGUAUCCUCUUCUCCAACAUCCGCAAGGUCAAGGAGGUCAGCGAAAGGUUCUUGCAUGACUUGGAGGGCCGCCUUGCCGAGAGUCUGCAGAUCUCAGAUGUCUGCGACAUUGUGGAAGAACACUCGAAGCAGAGCUUCUCCGUCUACAUUGACUACGUGCGCAACCAGUUGUACCAAGAGAAGACCUAUAGCACCCUCAUGGAGAAGAACCCCCAGUUUGCUGUUGUCGUGACCCGCCUGCAAGAGCUGCCGGAAUGUCAGCGGCUCCCCUUCAUGUCCUUUCUGCUGCUUCCUUUCCAGAGGAUCACACGGAUCAAGAUGCUCAUAGAGAAUAUCCUCCGCCGGACAGAAGAAGGCUCCGUGCGAGAGCAGAACGCCAUGAAAGCUUUGACCUCCGUUUCAAAGAUAAUAGAGGAAUGCAACUCAGAGGUGGGGCGCAUGCGUCACAUGGAGGAGCUGAUCCACAUUGCCAGCAAGAUCGAGUUUGACAAGCUUAAGGCUGUUCCCCUCAUCUCUCAGAGCCGGCAGCUACUGAAGCAGGGUGAGCUGCUGGAAGUGGUGCAUCGGGGCACCAUCUUCGGCAACAAGCCCAAACUAGUCUCCAUUUACCUGUUCCUCUUCAACGAUCUGCUCCUCAUCACCCAACGCAAGAGUUCAGAACGCUUUGUCGUGCUGGAUUAUGCCCACCGCUCCCUAGUUCAGGCUCAGAGCUGCCAUGACGCUCCUGCAGCCAACAGUGCCGAAAACAGCUUCUACCUGACGCUAGUAGAGAACCACCAAGGACGGAACAGCGACCGCCUCUGCCGCGCCCCGACACAGUCAGACAUGCAUCGCUGGAUCGGUGCCUUCCCCCGCCAUGAAUCCCAACCCAACGGCAAGCAGGAAACCAUCUACGAGGAUUGGGACUGCCCCCAGGUGCAAUGCAUCGAGUCUUACGUGGCUGCCCAGGCGGAUGAAUUAAGCCUAGAACCCAGUGACAUUGUCAAUGUGCUUCGCAAGACCAACGAAGGCUGGUAUGAGGGCCUUCGCUUAGCUGAUGGCAAGAAGGGCUGGUUCCCCUCUCGCUACGUGCAGGAGAUCACAAAUGAGCACGUGCGACGGCGCAAUCUCCGUGAGCGGUACCGCGUGCUGCAGGCCGCCCGCCAACUUCAGCUGAUACGCACCAGCCACCUCAAGAGCAAGUACAGUUCUGCCUGAGAUUAUGAGUGCAGAUACACAAAGUGACCAUUGGGAGCGUCGGAUGUGCAGCCUUACGCAUGAGCCUGUCAGGACUGUGCAGCUGGAUGUAGAAGGAUUGCCACCCGGAGACGUCGGAGAGUGUAGCUGCAGCAGUGGAUGGUGGUUGUAAUGUGACUAGCGGCUGCUAGAGGGAGGUAGAGCGAUGUUCUCUUCCUGACCAAAGAUAACAGUAACUGUAAUGCCAUAAAUUGGCCACCGGAGGUGCCAGAGCACGGCCUCCAAAUGAAUGUCUUCUCUGCAUAGCAUCGCCACAACUGCCGAGCAUCUCCAGCUCUACCGCACUUCACACGGAACUUCUAAUGGUUCGGUUAUCCCCAAGAACUAGUCCGGACUCCUUAGAUACUGCCUUACUUGGGAAGUAGUCAAGAGGAACAAUGAGCUUCCUACCUGGGUUGAUGGGGCAGGGAACCACGGGGCAGGCCUUGACCAACUCAGCCAUUUUUGGAAGGGGGUGUAAAAACCACCCCUGGUGUGACGAAAUCACCAGGCAUGGAGUACAGAGGUAAGACAAUGCAAGGUUCGGAGAGUCUUGGCUCCUGCUUCCUCAUUUCCUCUCCCGUGUUCAGGGAGGGGGAAAUGAUUGAUACCUUUAUCAAGCCGAACGGGUGCAUGUGCCCUUUUUUCAAUGGUGUGCCCAGGGGUGGUUCUUGAGGGUUUAAAUUGGCCCUGGGGCAAGUCAAGCCGAGUGGAUGCUGCAGGGCUGCCGGAGCUGCUUGAGUCAGAUCCAGCCAGUAGUGGCGAUGAUAAAAGAGCCCACACCUGUUGUCAUUGCCUCUGGCCAAGCAUGAACCAAGUGGCCUUUGCACGGUAGGGAGUUGUCUUAGCUGCUACAUGGCUGCCAGAGGAACUCCAGGGCAAGAGUCCACCGGGAAGUCUCCUAAUGACUUAAUGGACUGGUCCUUCCUGAAUGCAUCUGGUAUCACAACAGAGAUUAGCACUGUAUAUAGAUUGGCGCGAUUCCCACUCCCGCCCCCCCCCCCAGUAGAAUCAUGCAGCUAGGUGCAAUAUCUGCCUCACACACUGCCUGAGAUGCAAGGUGCAAUUUGGGUGUGCAUACGCAUGCAUGUGCAAGCCGUUCCUCCUGCAUCGAAGUUUGGAGCGACAGCCAAGCCAAAUGCUGCAAGCUUGGUGCUGCUUGCAGGCUCUCAGGAUUCCUGCCUCCCGGGAGUGCCCUUCACCGUUUUGCGUGCCAUGCCUUUUUGUCUCAGUUCCUCUCGGUGACCUGGCGAUGCUGCAUAGCAACUUCCUUUUGCAUUUUGCCAAUAUAGGAUCCGCACUGCACUGUGACCUUUACCUGCCGGGUCCCGUCUUGGUGCCAUCUCUGCCAGUAUUUCACGGGCUCUUCCUGGUGUUUGCUCAAGGCCCUGUCUACCUCAGUGGGGAGUCUCCUUUCCAACUUGUGACCGUCUCCCCCUUAGCCUCCAAUUCCCCGAAAGGGUCGCUGGCUUGGUCCAGAAGCGGUCCCAGAGUGUGCAUUUCACUAGCAUCUGUUCCACAGCCUCCGAGCAGAUUCCGCCCCACCCGCCCACACCCAUGCCGCCUUGGAUGGGGCAGCCUGAGAUUUCUGCAGCUAAGGAGUUUGCCCCUCCCCUGGCCACGGACCAGUUUGUAUUUAUUACUAUAAUGCUGUCUGCACUCCCAGUGCAGAUGAUUCUGCACCCACCCCAGCGAACACUACAGAGCUCCGGUAGCCUCGGAAGGGGUGGAGGAAGAAAGCGUUUAAUUUAUUCUGUAUCAUAUUUGCCUGGAUUGUCAUGUCUUUUUGUUUUGAUAAGGGAAAAAAAUGGCUUGUUCGUUUUUUCAAAAAAAAAAUGA